AUGCUAACACGCCGACUUCCCUCUACGGCGGCCGCUUUCUCGCGCCGCCGGGCCGGACAAAACCUGCUUCGUACUCGGACAUCUCUUCAAACACUCCCUCUUUCCCCCAAUAAACUCACCCUUGUUUCUCUCUGUUCCACCGCACAACUCUCCGACUCGAUCUCAAAACAAGGUGCUCUUAAACCCGGUUUAUACCUGGUCGGAACUCCUAUUGGUAACCUUAAAGAUAUUACCUUCCGAAGUUCAUCAAUGCAGGGCUCUGCGUGUGCUGAGAUUUAUGGUUUUAGAGUGCAGCUGAGCUAUCACAAGUUCAACGAAGCACAGAGGGAGCUGACAGUGUUGAAGAGGUUGAAGGAAGGUGAGAUUGUCGCGCUUAUUAGCGAUGCUGGCAUGCCGGGAAUUUGUGAUCCUGGUACUGAACUGGCAAAACUUUGUGCGAAUGAGAAUAUACCUGUUAUUCCUAUACGUACGAACGAGUUUACUUUUGUUGGAUUCCUCUCCAAACAUGCUGGAACUAGAAAAGAGAGGCUAGCAGUUUCUGCAAGUGAGGCAACAACACAGAUAUUUUAUGUUCCUCCACACAAGUUUAUUUAAUUCCUUGAAGAGACUUCUGCAAUUCUCGGUGUUACAAGACAAUGUGUAAUAGCUCGUGAACUGACAAAAAUUCAUGAAGAGUUUUGGCGAGGUACAUUGGGAGAAGCAGAAGAAUGGUUUACGAUCCACCAGCCAAGAGGUGAAAUUACAGUGUUAAUUGAAGGAAAAGAAGAAACUCCAGCUGAAGCUCCAUCAGAGUCUCAGCUUGAGAAUGACUUGAGAGAUUUGAUCUCCAAUGGGCAGUCUUUCCACGGCUGUCAAAUUAGUAGCUGAUGGAAAUCGGUGAAAAGGAAAACAAUAUAUUCAAUGGCAUUGAGAAAAUUCGGGAAGCAACAACUUGUUUCAGAGAGUGAUCCUUCAGAUCAAUCGGAUCUACAACAAGAGUGACCUCAGAUGCUUACUGGUGUAAAAGUACAAUUUGCUGAGUAACCUGUAUGUCCAGUGUGCUUAACAUUUCUUUUUUCCAAUCUGUAUGUCUCCCAGAUUACAGGUGCUGGUGAAAUCUCUCUGAGACUACUAAUAGUCACUGUUUUACCAUUUUAUUCAAUGAUGUCUCUAAUUAAUU